CUGCAAGAGGUCGCACAAGAAUCCGCAGAAAUCCAGGCGCGCAGCCCGAGGCUGUCUUGGACAAACACCGACGGCGACGACGACAUCUCCGACUCGGACGAUCUUGCGGGCGAGGACUCCAAGAAGCUCAGUGGUGGUACCAUGGACGACGCAAGCAAAAAACAACAAGAUGCGCUAGCAGUCGCGCAGAAUGGCGGCAUGGCGGGGAAUAUAGACGAUGGAGACAUGGACGACACGGACGAGAGCUUGGACGACGACAUGAUGGACAAGAUCUCGAGUUCGCCCUCGAUUGAAGAUGCGAGACGUGGUCCUCAUCUCCCUACACCGAAACUCCUGAAUAUCCACCUGCGUCACACUCCUAUCAGCAUAGCAAGGACUCUGCUUCAAACCGUCAUCAUCAUCUUCGCGUUUCUCGACGAGCUAUACGAAGAGCUAUGCGAUGGUAGAGACAGUGAACACGAACUGCACGACGAUGGAGACUGGUAUGCCCAGCAGAGCCAGGUCCACGAGGCAAAGUUCGGCCUGGACAAUGUCGCACAACAUGGACCGAUUGUGGUUCGUCCCCUUCGACUGCGUGGAUUUGGAUCGGAAGAUUUUGCGCAACGCCGAGCCGAGAUGGAACGGGCAGAGAGAACAGAAAGAGCGGAAUGGGAUGAGGCAACCGGGUUCGACGCCGACGAUGACGACAUGCCGCUUACGAUACCCUACGAGCCCUCGAUCGAUGAUGAUGAUGAUGACGACUUUUCUUUUUCUUCUAAUGAUUCUAGGUUCAUAGUCAGCGGAUGGGGCAAUGAAUGCUUACACGAAGCAGAGGACAUCGAUUUCGAAUUCGUCUACGCGCUCCACACCUUCGUCGCGACCGUCGAAGGCCAAGCAAAUGCCACAAAGGGAGAUACCAUGGUGUUACUGGACGACAGCAACAGCUAUUGGUGGCUGGUCCGGGUGGUAAAGGACAGCAGCAUCGGAUAUCUCCCGGCAGAGCAUAUUGAGACGCCAACUGAGAGGUUGGCGCGCUUGAACAAGCACAGGAACAUUGACGUAGUCGCUCCCUCCAUGGAAGAGAUAAACCUUUCUGACUUAGAUCAGCUUUCCGCCACAAUGCUCGGAGACCAGGCUGGAGAGAAGUCCAAGAGCACGUUCAAGACUGCUCUGAGGAAGAAGAAGAAGACCGUCGCAUUCGCCCCACCGACGUUUGUCGACUAUUCGGACAUUGACUAUUCUUCGGAUGAAGAGGAUAUGGACGAGCUGUUCUCUGGGCAACAGGGACAGCAGCAACAGCAACAGCAACAGCAACAGCAACAACAGGCUGCUACGCAACAGGCAUCGACUGAGGAGGCGUUGGAUGACGAGACAGCGAAGGUCGAACCAUUGAAGCCGCGGACAAUCAAGGAGGUCAAGGUCGCAGAGCCGACCAAGAAAGAGGAGGUUGUUGAUGACGACACAAAACGCGACAGCGGCGAGAUCUUUGAGAAGCCCGAAGGACCCAGCCGGUCAAGGAACGGCACCGUCAGGAACACCGACUCUUUCUUUAAGGACGAAACAGUCGAGACCAAGAAGAUCUCGCUUACGCCCAAUUUGCUCCGCGAUGACAACAGCUCACGACCCUCGACGACGGAGAGCGUCAAACAACGGCCGAGUCUGGAUAAGAUGGACAAGGAGCUGCAACCUGAUAAGAAGGAAGACAAGAAAAAGAAGGACAAGAAGCCCAGCGCCAUCAGGAGUUUCUUCUCUCGUAAGGACAAGAAGAAGGUUGUUGACGAUGACGACGAGUCCUUUGGGAAGAGGUCUAUGGAUAUUGUCACCGAGUCUCAGGACAGAGAGUCGGAGGAGCAGCCGUCUUCUCCGAGAACAAGCGGCGGCUCUGCAGGUGGACCUGAGCGAGCGUCGAGCAAGCUUCAGAAGCAACAACCACGGGUGGAGCCAUCGUUGACGAAGAAGGGAUCAGUAUCGACAUCACAGAAGUCUGCUACUCGGGAACUUAGCGAGUUCAUCUCAACUGAAGGCCGCCCCAACAACGUUUCAAAUGUACCGCCUGCUUCCAUGCGCAUUGUGGAAGACGACUCCUCGGACGCAGAUGCCGAACCUAAGCCGCAGCCCGAGAUCAAGCACUCGCAAAAGUCGUCCUUGUCGAAGAUCAUCCCCUCCCGGAACAACGAGCCUAAGGAGCCUAAGCCGCAGAAAGUCACCAAAGCCAAGUCACGCGUGGAGCUCGACGACUUCGACUCUUCCGGCGAAGAGAUUGACCCGUCAGGUCCUUCCGUACAGCAGCCAGUCGAGGAGAAGCCGAAGGACGAGAAGCUCACGCGACCCCUACCCGGUGCCUUCCCUGAUAGCUACAUGAGCACUCAGAGUGGCCAGACCGACAAGACGAUUACCCCAACACAACCCCAACCGCAAACUCAGCCAACCACCGCGGACAGAGAAAAGGAUCGUCUUUCCGAAUCACCUGUGCAGGUCUCCCCAGUCACCAUCAGCAACCCGCCUGCGCUUAUGGUCGACACCUCCAGCCAGGACGGCCACUCUUCAUCUCCGUCACCAGAGCUCAUCGACGCCGAUGAGGUCGGCAGACACCGCGCCCAAGACUCGAUGACUGCAAGCUCAACCUCGACAGGGGGCAGCACCACCGGCAGCAGCUGGAAUGAUGCGAAGCUGCGGGCAUUCUUCGAUUCCAGCUCGGACAUCCGUGACAUGCUUGUCGUGGUAUACGACAAGAGCGACGUUGCCCCCGCGGGACCUGAACAUCCCGUCGCAGGAACGUUGUUCCGUGAACAAAACGCCAAGUUGGCGGAAAUCACGACACAACUUGAUAACAUGCUUGGCGAUUGGCUAGCGCGCAAGCAGAGACUCAGAGGCACGGUAUAG